AUGGCUCCACGCAAGACACGCGGCUCAUUGAAUACGAAACAUCGUGCACCUAUUAGAAAGCUCAAGGUACCAAGACACUGUCAAGUAAUUACUACAGAAGAAGAAGCAGAAGAGUGUAAAACAGAAAAUCCAGACUCAGACUUGGUCUUAGAUCGAAUGCCUUUGGGGACUCAGAAAGUUGAUGGAAUCAGAUCCAGUCGGAGUUGUAGUCAACACAUUGAUGUGAAUAAUAUGUUGUCGGGCACUUAUUUCUCAAAAGCAGGUCGCAAUACCUUAAGUAAACGAUUAAAAGUAACGUGGGAAACAUUACAGCAAAUGUCCAGUCGACAGCAAGAACAAGAAGACGCUGUUUUGGACGUGAAUACAGUAGACAAGCUUAGUUUUUUAGUUGCUGAGCUCUUGCAGGAAACAAUCAUGCAGCACCAAGACAAGAACGUACGGUCUCUUGUGGCCUGUUGUUUAGUGGAAAUCAUGCGCGUGUCAUCACCUGACACACCGUUUAGCUCGGAGGAGGAAUUGUAUCGGGUUUUUAAGCUCUUUAUUGAGCAAAUAAGAGUGUUGGCUAUCGAGCAAGCAAUGACGUUGAGUGAAUUACACAGUUUUCAUGUGCUCGAGAGCCUUGCUACGGUAAAAUCGUGUUUAUUGGUUGUUGGAUUGAAUUUUACCAUGAAGAAAGACGAAGAUGCAGUGAUGGUACAAUUAUUUCAUGCUUUUUUUGAGACAAUUCAACACAAACACUCGGCUAAGAUUGAACAUUUAAUGUUGAGCAUUAUGGUAUCAUGUAUUGAAGAAAGUGACCAUAUUGAACAGUCACUAUUGGAUGUAAUUUUGAGCGCUUUGGUGAGUGAACCAAGCUUGGAUCAAGUUGAAGAAAUGAGUGGAUAUGGUGAACCUGUGAGCCCGUCUCACAUGUCACGGGAAUUAAUCCGACGAACAAGUGAUCUUCUUCAAAUUCCACUCUCAAAUUAUUUUAACAAUAUUUUGAUUGGCAGCCAAGACAGGUCGGGUUCACAAGAUACCUUAAAGCUUAAAGGGCAUGUGUACACUUUGAUUUAUAAGGUGCACACGAUCAACCCCUCGCUAUUGCUGCAUGUUCUUCCUAAUGUGUGUCUCCAACUUCAAGUAGAUGAAGUUGCCACUCGGUCAGAUGCUAUUGCUCUCAUGGGUAAAUUAUUUGCGUCUGCACACGCAGAUUCUGGGCACCAGUACAUGAAAAACUUUUGCGAGUUUCUAUGUCGGUUCCGCGACGCAAGCAAGGACAUUCGGCUGCAAAUGAUUCGCGUGUGUGUGCCCAUUUGGGAGCACAAGCCUGACGUAGCUAGCUUGUUGGAAAAAGAGUUUAUCUUGCGGUUGAAUGACCCGGAGUGGGAAGUACGGCAGCUUGUAGUACAUGAGUUGUGCGAUUUUGCAGCAAACCGCCUGGAGUUGAUCAGCGAGGAGUGCCUUCGGGCUGUAGGAGAGCGUAUGAAGGACAAGAAAGUCGUGCUAAGAAAGGAAACUAUGACGGGUCUCAGUCAAGUAUUCAGUGCACACAUUUCGUCGUACUGGGCACUGGAAGACAAGGAGGAAACCCGGCUAUUAUCACUAAAUCAUCGCAAUAUCCCAGUCGUCCAUAUGAAGAAACUGGGCUGGAUCCCGGACUUUGUAUUAAAAUGUUAUGCCUAUCCUCAACAGGAGCUAAAACUUCGUGUGGUUCAGCUUCUGGAUGAUAUUCUUUUGCCCAAGGGUUUUUCAGAGCGAACUCGCGCGAACGGACUACUGUUUAUUUUUCACUCACUGGAUGUCACUUCGAAAGAAGCACUGCGACGAGUUUUCAUUGAACGUGCCAAGUGCCAAGAUGCGUGCAAGCAAUUUGUUGAUUUUAAAAUGCAGCAUCGUCACCAAGAGAAUGCCUCAAAGACUGACACUUAUGCUUUGGAUAACGCAAAACAGCAGCUGUUAACAAAACUUACACCUUUAUUCUCAGACGUUAGUGGCCUGAACAAGCUCUUGGAAAGACUGUCGAAGUGGAAGGAUCACACUUUGUUUAAGCACAUGGGUGAGUUGUGUGACUUUACAAAAAGUCAGCGUGAUAUCCGUCAUGCGAGAGAUCAAUUAACUCGAUGUGUGGGAUCAAAAACACCCUUGGGGGAGUUCUUAAAAAAGGUUUGUCGCAAGCUUUCAUUGCUGACAAUGAAUCAAGCUACUGUUGCUGCGUUGUUGGAUUUCUUAGUCUUGAAGCAGGGACGGCCGAUGAGAGAGAAUCGCAGUAUCGUAGAUCUUGUAGUAAUGGCGUCCAGUGAACUACCCGAGCUAUUUACCCCUUUCAUUCGCGGAAAGGUUACAGCGAUUCUAGUUCAAAGCAACGCUGGCUCAACUGCGAGUCAAUCCGCAACGAAUGACGAAGAUGAGGAAAACUUUGUUUCUAUCGAUCCCCGAGUGAUUCUUGGUGCCUUGCAUCUUCUUGCCAAUUACUCGCGGCAUUGGUUUGUAAGUGUUGGCGGAGGUGAUACGUUACUUGACGGCAAUGAAAGUAAUCUACCGUCUGCGGAAUUGGUAAAACAGCUGCACAACUUUUGUCUUGGGGACAGCAAUGUCGAAGCGCAAAACUUUAACUCUGCCAAGGAACGUCGGGCAGCAGAAUUAUCAGCGUUUUCUCUCUCCCACUUCUACGGCAGAACAGACGAUACAAUGGACUUACUUAACAAGCUGUGCUCGAAAGAAAAACUUGGUUCGCCCAAUCAUCCUAGAGCUUUGCCAGCGUUGCAAAGUCUUCAAAUUUUUGCUAAGCGUUGCUGCUAUAUAUUUGCUGAGGACAGACUGCUCUUUUUACGGCUAUGGGCACAUCUACUCGACGAUAUGGUUAGUAAAGACGAUCAGAUUUCGAGAUUAAGCACGGCAGUACAUAGAGAACAAAGUCACAACAGUAACCGAUCGGCUGCGAAAAAUUUAGCUGAAGUUCGUUGCUUGGCUAUGAAGGUGGCUGUAAAUCUGGUUGUGUACUGCGGAUCCACUAAAGGUUCAUCAAGUUUGGCAAGUGAAGGUACGAAACUGAUCAAAUUGCUUUUUGACAUUUUGCGCUCGGACGGAACGGCACAUACGUCAGCACCCACUGUGGCUGCUAUGUUCAGAGCUACUGCAUCGUGUGGUCUCAUCAAGAUCAUGCGCAACCGACAGCUCGAGGCAUCGGUGUCAGUGUCUGACUGGCAUUUGCUUGGUUUCACGAUUCAAGACUCAAACGAAGAUGUCCGCCGAAAGUUUGUGAAAAAGUUGGCGUCCCACUUGAUAAAGCAGCAUGCGCAGCAUCUGCACAAGUACUUAAGCUACUUGGUGCUUGCUGCUACCGAUCCCAGCACCAGUGUGAAGAAAACUGCCCGAAACCUACUUAAGAUUGCUGCUGAGCGUAUGCGUCGCAUGUUCGAUGCUGCGUCUUUGCGCGAAUCGGAAAUGGCUUGUAGUCCUGGCCACUUGGAAAGUAGUUCGCCCACUAUGUGUGCACUUAUGGUACCUGAGUACGCGCUGCCUUACGUGAUUCAUCUUCUGGCACAUCAUCCCGGAUUUCCAGUGAAGUUGGUCGAGAGGACGCCUUCUGUCAUGGUAUUGCAAAGUGCUCUGUGGACUGACCAGCUAACAUAUCUUGGUUUUUUCCUUGAUGGAUUGGUUUCGGCAAAUGCCGCAGCUGCAGACAAUAUUGCUUUUUUGCUUCAGAUGCUGACCAAGCUCUCCCAAUGCCACGACGUCGAGAAUCCUGAUGAUGUCAAUAUUUAUCCUUUGAUAGACAGCACUGUUUUCUUGCUGAAGAAGAAGAUCAAGAACCAGUCCAAUCUUAAGCCAUUUCCAGGGAAGAUUUAUUUGCCGAAGCAUUUGUAUAGCCCUGGAAGAUGCAGCACGCUAGUGACUUUGGGUGGGAGGAAAGAACCGGAGGCGCCUGAAUCGCUAGAGAGGAUUCCAGCCUCUCGUAGCACAAGACUCAUGACGUCGCUGUCGCCAAUCAAACCCAUGGACUUUGCGGAGCAUUUCAUGAAGCUGAAUUCUCCUCCCGGGAGUUCUUUGCUGAGCAGUUCCCUGAAAAAGCGGAAGCGCUCACUCCUCAAGGCUGAUGGAAGUUAUUUGGAUGCUGAGGAAGAGAUGAAGGAAGACAACGAUGACGAUGCACGUGAGUCCGUGGCUGCGUCACCGCGGCACCAGUCGUUAUCGAGGAAUGGUCGACCGGCAAUGCUUUCAUUUGCAGACCAUUCUAGCGAUAGUGGGGUCGAGUCAGAUGCGUUCUCGGGGAUUGUGUCAUCGCAUUUUACGACUUCCAGGCCGAAUGAGUCAGCAUCUGCAGUAUCAUCCCUAAGCUCGGCCGGCUUGCGCGAAGUGGCUGCUGAAAGGACGGUGCAGAGCGAUGUGUCAGCGAAGAAGCGCACACGUAGCAAAACUAAUGCAGCGACGAAGUUGGAAAAGGUAUGA